UACAUGUGGAAAAGAGAGUAUGUAGGCAGAGGGUGGAAAGGGGGAAGAAGGCGGAGUUGUUGUGUACUUUAAUGGGUUGUGGAGAAACCUGCCUGUCUGCUCGGAGCUGAGAGAGGAGGAGCCUGUGGGGUGUGGGACUCCAGACAAAGGAGACAUAUACUCACUGACACUGGAGCGAAAGGAGAGGCACAGAAGACAAUUCUCAACUCCUCGACUACUUUUGUUGUGUGUUCUGGAAAACUUUGUGUUAUGUGUUUGUCAGCUGCAUGGAUUCAUUUGUGAGCUGAGAGAUGUUUGUGCUGGAGCAGUUGUUCCCAUAUGCUGCCUGUAGUGUGUAGGAGUGUGUGGGUUAUUAUGUUUGGGAUGGAAAAGUGGGGCUGGCACGACCAACAGCUCUGCUCUUAGUUUUACGCCAUGGGGGGUUGCCAUAGUUACCCCUCGGCUACGAAUGAAGACCGCAAGACUCUUCAUCCUUCUGACAUCAGCAGUGAAAAACUGGGAAUUAAUAACAAUAAUCUGGAGGAGCGUCCAUAUCUGCAGCAGCAAUAUGUGUGCCAGCGGAUCACACACACAGACAUGUUUGCCCUCACAGCGCUGCCACCUGGUGUCGACAAGGCAGAGUGGCUUGCCAGCAACACGGUGGCGUUUUUCAAGCAUAUAAAUCUGUUCUCUAGUGCACUUUCCGAGAUCUGCACUCCCAGUACCUGCCCAACUGCCUGUGGACCAGGCAAUACGGUUUAUGUUUGGACCGAUGACCACGGCAGGAAGCUGAAGUGCUCUGCCCCACUUUACUUUGACUAUGCCAUGUCAUACAUUCAGGAGCUACUGACUGAUGAAGACGUGUUCCCCACGAAAGCAGGUUCGGUGUUUCCGACAGGCUUCGUCUUUUUGGUCCAGAAGGUGUUUUUGCUGUUUUUCAGGACUCUGGCUCACAUUUACGGGUCUCACUACAGAGAGACAUUGGCCAUGGGCCUGCACCCACACCUCAACACACUCUUCACACACCUCACACUCUUCUGCCGGCAGCACGCCCUGUUGGAGCCGGAGGAUACUGAGCCACUGCAGGACCUUAUCACAGCUCUGGGACGGCAAGGCUGAACCUAGUCUCGCAUUGCCAGACCUUCCUCCACAGCGCUGCGGAGGAGGGUCUGGGAAGUCCACACAGCAUUCCAGUAUGGGAGAAAAACAUGCUCUGGUUUACUGGCAUUUCUUU